AUGAGGUUACUCCAGGCUAAGGUCAGGAGAGAGAAGGCGUGGUCUCCCCUGGACCUGCCUGCCCUCAUCGCAGAACAGCUGACUACAGCAGGAGCUGACCAGUCCAAACCACCAGCCACCAGGCAACAGAAAAACUUCUACUGGAAACUGGUGCUGUCUUUACCUGAUCUCGAUGAGGAGACCCCAGCCACAGCCCAGCUGUGUAACUGGCUGCAGACUAAGCUGAAGAAAGGCUCAGUCCCAGACUCCUUAGGACCCUCCUUAUCCACAGACUCACACAGGCUACAGACUCUGUCUCUGUACACAGCGGAGACUGGGGAGCCGGGCAGGAAAAUCUGCAUCUGUACAAAGGCUGUGCAUGGGUUGUUAGACCAGGAGGCAGCAGAUGAAGUGGAGAGUGAACACGUGUUACUGGGCACCACAGCCGUCAUCCUGGCUCUGCCUCCUCCUCCAGGGGACCAGGACAGUCAGGAGACCUACUGGUUAGAGAGCCAGCUGCGCCUGGUGCGCCUGCUGCAGGCCAAGCCCCUCCACCCCAGCCUGCCCCUGCUGGUGCUGCCCCUGGGGUGGGGAACAGACCCUGGGGAGGACGUCGGGGAGCACCUGGAUGUGCGGGGGCUGAUGGAGGGGGAGCUGGUGUCAGACUGUCGCGUCGUGGACGUCAGCAGGGAUGUGGAGGACGAGGACACUUGCAGAAGGCUAUGUGAGGGUCUGAGUUGGUUAGCAGACCGUGCCCCCCUCCCCCCGUGUCUGGAGACUGAGGACCUGAGAGACUAUGUAGAGAACAGCCUGGCAGGAGAGUUCUCGUCUGUCGUGUACCAGGACUCAGCUCAGAGGAGACAAGCAGGGCUGCCACAGCAGACCCCUGGCCCGAUCGUGUGCCUGUACAACAGUCUAGUGGAGCACCUGGCUAGAGUGGCCAGCUCUAACAGUCUCCAAGCCCUGUCCUGGCCGGUGGCUGAGUUUGUCACGGCUGGCCACAGAACAGACCUCCUGUCCCUGGAGUGGAACAGUGAAGCCCAGCUGACCCUGCUGCAGGAGAGAAUCCUGGCCCUGAGACUGCCCCCUCUCCCGUACAUGGAUGUAGAUGAGAGUUGGUCGUCUGUGUGUCAGUACUGUACAGACUACACCCUCUCCUUACCUGCCGACUCCAAGGAGCAGACUGUGCUUCUUACCAGACUGCGCUGGUUGUUAGACCGUGUGCAGACAGAGUUUGAGGACACAUGUUACCUGGAUUACGACGUCCCUGACUGUGAACCCACGGCCUGCCAUGUGCCCUGGACCAGGCUCGUGGAGAUGUGGGUGGGGCACAUGGUACAGAGGCUGGACUGGGCAGGGGAAGACGGCAGUGUGUUGACUGUACACUACCUCCCUGAUGAACUGUCCACCUUCACCCAGCCCACAGAGUGGAGAGUGGCAGUGGGGAACACUUCAGCUCAGGUCCUGGGGCAGCCACACAGUUUGGUUGUAAUGACAGAGCAGAGUGUGAGGAGGAAACACCUGGAGCUGUCCAGAGUACAGACAACAGAUACUGGCACACCAGACAAAACAGGAAGCCUGAAGCUGGAGGACAGACUGUCCCCUGCGGUGUCUGCUCUCAUCAGGAAGGCCCAGGAACUCAGGAAGAAAAUUGCCCAGGAAACAGUGCAGACUAAAAGCUAUGAAGACCAGCUGCAGGGUUAUGUCGAGGAUGGGCAGUACCGGCAUCAGCCACAAGGGGUCUCUCCUUUCAGUUCCCCAGAGGACAUGGUGGAUGGCACUUCACAAAUGAGAGAACCACUGCCAAGCCCCCCUGGGCAAGACCUACUCCUGGACCUGACCAACCAGCCCAGAAAGCGGUCCCUGGAGGAGAAUAUGGAGGAGCUACGAUGGAGAAUUGCUGCUGGGAAGAGAGACUUCCGCUUGUCGGAACUCAGACUCAACUCACUGUUGGACAUGGGGGACUUCGAAGCUAAAUACCUGUAGUACUUCUGAAGAAGUUAACAGGGUAUAUGUAGGAUUUUAUGUACAUGUCAAGAGUUUCAAAGCUACAAAAUGUACAUUCCUUUGAAGAGAAAAGGA